UAAUGACAUUUGUGUUCAAUUGUUUCCCCGUUGAAUUUUCAUUCAUAUCUGGAAUUGUGUAAUUGAUUGCUCCAAUUCAGCAACAACAGUGAAAUGCCGGCUGAUCUUUUGGGAUAUGCAUACGCCGCAACGGUAGCCGCCGGAGGGGUUAUUGGCUACGUAAAAGCAGCUUCUGUACCAUCGCUUGCCGCCGGGUUAACAUUUGGAGCUAUUCUCGGGUAUGGAGCAUUUCUUACUUCGCAACAAACUCCACAACCAUUGCUACAGGUUAGUGCUUCUUUGGUACUAGCCGCCAUGAUGGGCUCUCGAUGGGCUCGGUCCGGUAAGUUCAUGCCCCCUGGAAUCAUUUGUGUCAUAUCAAGUGUCAUGCUAGCCCGUGGCCUGUUAUUUCACAAUCGCUAUCUACCUUUAAUUGGAAAAACUGAUUAAAUUGGUUAAUGACAGAGUCUAUCAAACAUAUGAUGAAUCAGCAUUGCUGAGGUAAAGGUAUUUAGGUAGUUGAUAAGUCGAUUGAUUUCCGCAAAUAAAUUAUCUGGUUUUUUGUA